AUGGGUCCUCUACGUCAACCACACAAACGUGCGUGGAGCGCUGGCGAUGAAAUGCCGGAUCCUUUCGUGAAAGGUGAAAUCCAUGAAAAGAAGGUCAUGCUGAGCGUCUGGUGGAGAGUUCAUGGAAUGUACCGUUUGGAACUGCUGUCGGUACUGAACCUUGGCAGUAACUGUCGGGUUCGAACACGACAGUUACUGCCAAGGUCUACUGCAUUGAAAUGCAAAGACUGCCGACAAGUUCCGCAAGGAGCACCCGAAGCUCGACAACGUUCGCCUCCUGCACGAUAA